AUGGAUCAAGGCAGACAGAAGCAUAAAGGUAAUCAAGACGACAGUCUGACAUUCAGUGAGAUGGGUGAACGAGGGGGAGGGAGAGGAGCAGGCGAGACAGGGGAGACAGCUGUUCCACUGCUCCCCUCUGCAAUGCACCUGCUUGGCCCUCAGGCCCUGCCCAAAGAAGCUCCCAAUGGACAGAGUGGUAUCAAAACCCAAAGUGAACUCAGGGCCCAGAUAGAGCCCCCCCACCAACAUGUGGUGGGUGAGGGAUCAAAUGGGAAGGAGGGUAAAACCAUCAGGAUGCAUAGACAACCACAGCAACAGCAGGAUAUUGGUUUGUUUAACAUUGAAGAAAACUUGUCCUUCUUGGAGCAGAGCAUCGCCAAUCUGGACCAGACACCCACUUCUGUCAUCAACACAUCAGACAACUCCGUCCUCGGUAACUUGCCUCUACCGGACCUCUUCCCCCAGCACAUCAAACAGGAAGUAGAAUUCUCCCUGGAUAAGGAACUGGGCACCUACAGCAGGCACAUGGUGCAAAGUCCACACGAACUGGACGGAGGCAGUGGUCCCCUAAUUGAUGAUAGUGAAAUUUGGCGUGAUCUGGACCUUCCUGGUUCGCUGCCGGACAUCUCUGAUUUUGACAUUGAUACGGAGGUGGCACAACUGGAUAAUGCUCUGCGCAAGAGCGGUGGAGUUGGACCCAUCGGCAACAUGUCUAAGGACACCAAGGUUUUCAGCAGCAAUGGAGGAAAUGGUAGCAGCCUGAAUGGCACAGCUCAGCCGCUACACCAGCACCAGAAUCACCAGCAGCACCAGCCUCCGCCCUUUCUCGCCAGUGUCAUGAUAAAGGAAGAGAAGGAUGUGGGUGAAUCUUUCGUCCACAUCCAAACUUCUGGCGUUGUCAAACAAGAAAAGCCGGACAGUGCAGGCUUCUGCCAGUCGCCCUGUCUACGGAACAGCCUGAGCUCCCUUCAUGGAGGAGGGCCUGUAUCCUCUUCCUCCACUAUGGGUGUAGACGGGAGACCUGGCUACCUGUACAGAGCCAUCCCACCCUUGGCAGUAGGCCAACCAGACCAGAAGCCUUUUGGCAUAUAUCCAAACCUGUCCUCUGCAGGAAACGGCUGGCCCAGGGGGAACGGGUACAGAGAAUCAUCAGGAGGACAGAGGGGCACCGAUGGGCUCUCCGCUACCUCCUCGUCCUUGGCAGCUUUUCCUGUCAGCUUCGCCAGCUCGUCAGUCAGAGUAGCGGAGUCUAGCAGCUCGGCGGCAUCUGGCCAGGCCAAGCCUGCUGGACCAGCCCAUAAGAUCUGUUUGGUGUGUUCAGAUGAGGCCUCGGGAUGCCACUAUGGAGUCAUUACCUGUGGUAGCUGCAAGGUCUUCUUCAAGAGGGCGGUCGAAGGACAGCACAACUACCUAUGCGCAGGGAGAAAUGACUGCAUCAUUGAUAAGAUCCGCAGGAAGAACUGUCCAGCAUGCCGUUUCCGAAAAUGUCUUCAAGCAGGGAUGAACCUAGAAGCGAGGAAGAACAAGAAGCUGAUCAAGAUGAAAGUGCAGCAGUCGUCUGGGCCGUCGGAGCCAAGCAGCAACAUGCCCCUACCGGUCAUCCCCAAAUCCAUGCCUCAGCUGGUCCCUACCAUGCUGUCACUGCUCAAGGCCAUUGAGCCCGAGAUCAUCUACUCGGGCUAUGACAGCACCCUGCCCGACACCUCCACUAGACUCCUGACCACCCUCAACCGACUGGGCGGACAGCAGGUCAUCUCUGCCGUCAAGUGGGCCAAGUCACUGCCAGGCUUCCGUAACCUGCACCUGGAUGACCAAAUGACGUUGCUGCAGUGCUCCUGGCUCUUCUUGAUGUCCUUCGGUCUGGGCUGGAGAUCCUAUGAGCAGUGUAACGGCAACAUGCUGUGCUUCGCCCCUGACCUUGUCAUUAAUGAGGAACGCAUGAAGCUGCCCUUCAUGACAGACCAGUGUGAGCAGAUGCUGAAGAUCUCUAAUGAGUUCGUCAGACUGCAGGUGUCCUACGAUGAGUACCUGUGCAUGAAGGUCCUGUUACUGCUGAGUACAGUACCGAAGGAUGGUCUGAAGAGCCAGGCGGUGUUUGAUGAGAUCAGGAUGACUUAUAUAAAGGAGUUGGGAAAAGCCAUUGUCAAGAGAGAGGAGAGCUCCAGUCAGAACUGGCAACGCUUCUACCAGCUCACCAAACUACUGGACUCCAUGCAAGAGAUGGUGGAGGGUCUUCUUCAGAUCUGUUUCUACACCUUCAUCAACAAGACCCUCAGCGUGGAGUUCCCUGAAAUGCUAGCAGAGAUCAUCACUAACCAGAUACCAAAAUUUAAAGAUGGCAGCGUCAAGCCCCUGCUGUUUCAUCAGAAGUGACUGCCUUAAGCUGUGAAACAAUGCCUUAAAUCCUGCCCUGCUCUUGAACCCUGCUUGGGCCCCAGGCCCUAGCUUGCUCCCCCCAACUCAGCCCCCAGUCUUUGUGACCUCCCCAUCUGAUCCCCCAGUCUCAUUCUUGUCCUUGGUACUUCCUGCAAAGCCUUGACCCACCAGACCCCUAGA